CCUCCUCUCUGUCAGGUUCCGGUCAGCACUUGAUCUGAACACCAGUCUGUGUGAAACACCAGGCCUGAGAGGCGGCAGUCUGCAGCUCCUCCAAACCCCGAUCCUGACGUGAAAUGAAGAGCCGCUGCAGGAUUUCAGAGACGAAACUCCAGCAGCAGGUGGAGUUGAUGGAGUCCAAGGUGGAGCUGCUGCUGGUCACUCUGGGUGAGCUGAGUCCCAGUGAGCUGGUGACCUUCAGUGACCUCCUGCGGAGACGGCGCUGUCUGAGGCCCGGUGAGGUUCAGCAGGCGCUGCAGGCGGUUGUGUGUUCGUUGGUUCUGGUCGGAAGCUGGCGGUCCGUGGAACUGACCCGGCAGGUUCUGAAGUCCAUGAACAGGACGGAUCUGGUCGACGCCAUGCAGGACGGCAGCUCCACAGCCAAAAAAAAACGUUUUGAUGAUCAUCUGUCUGCAGAAAUCCACAGAGUGUCCGCUGUGGCCGUCAUGAAGGACCUGCUGCUGGAAAUCCUGACGGACCUGAAAGACGUCGAGUUCUGCAAGUUCAAAUGGUUCCUGCAGCUGACGCAGUUCCAGCAGGUUCUGCCUCAGAUCCCAUGGAGCAACCUGCAGUUUUCAAACCGCACAGAAUUAGUGAGUAUGAUGUGGAGCAGCUGCGGCGAUCGGUGCCUGGCGCUGACUCAGGAGGUUCUGAUGGACCUGGACAGAUCGGACCUGGUGGACAAGCUUCCUCUGGACGCUUCCAGCUCUAAAGGGAAACUUUCAUUGAUGGAUUUUUGGCCUGAACUGAAGCAGAAAGUAAAACAGAUGGAGUCUGUCAUAAAGAUGCUGCUGGAAGAGUUUGAUGAUCUGACCUGCAGGAUGUAA